UUUGUGGGAAUGUGUGUGCUGGUCAAAGGCGGAGUAAGAUCCUGAGUCAGAACAGAACAAGGAGACUGUUGUCAGGGAGUCAGAGAACCAGAGGCUAUAGAACCAGAGGCUAUAGAGCCAUAAGCUAUAGAACCAGAGGCUAUAGAACCAGAGCUAUAGAACCAGAGGCUAUAGAACCAGAAGCUAUAGAACCAUAUACUAUAGAACCAUAUGCUAUAGAACCAGAGGGUAUAGAACCAAAGACUAUAGAACCACAGGCUAUAGAACCAGAGGCGAAAGAACCGGAGGCUAGCUGGGUAAUCAUGUCGUUCCAAGGGGAAAACAGCACUGCCGCAGCUUCCGGUGGAGAAAGCAGUUGCUCCUCUGAAGAUGAAGGAGAUAUUCAGUGUGAGAUUCUGGAAAAGCAGAGGGAUGAGGCCAGUCAGAAGCUGUCUGAGAUGGAGGAAGUAUCCUCUCAGCUGUUGAAGGAGAUGGAUGUCCUAGAGAUGCAGUUCCAGAUUGAACGCUCCUGCAGGGAGAGUGCAGAGGCCCUCGCUGUCAAGGUGACCAAAGAGAACAAGGUUCUGAAGAGGAGAAGCCAGGCUCUGCUGCCACUCCUCCCUAAGCUUCCUGAAAACAUGGCCACCGUGACCUUUGACCUGGAGUCUGACCAGGGGGUCGACCCCAACCCUGAUGGGGACAGCGGUGAGGAGGCUGUGCUGCAAGAACAGGCACAGAUCAGAGAGCUGCAGGCCUCAGUGGAACAGCUGCUGGGGGAGAAGAUGCAGUUAUGUGAGCAGGUCAAUUCACUGAAGAGAGAGCAGAGCCAGCUCGAAGAACAGUUGGCCCUAGACAUUGGGGAGAAAGAGGCUAUACUGAAGAAACUGUCCAAGCAGAACAAGAACAUGAAUAAGAUGAAGAGAGUAUCCCAGCUAGUGACAGAGGAGUUCACAGAGAUCAGUCAGAAACUGGAGCUGGAACAGGGCCUCAGACAGCACGCAGAGGUCUUCGCUCACCAGGUGUUGGUGAAGCAGAAGGAGACCCAGAGACAGAGCAUGGUGCUGCAGCAGAGUCCAGAGACCAGUCUCCAGCUCCAACAUGCUCUGGAACAGGUGGCCCACAUCAGCAGUACCCUACAGGACAUACAGCGCUACUACCGAAACCAGGUGAAACCGACCCAGUCUGCCCUGGAAGAGAGCAGUGUUCUAUCUGAGCUGCAAUGUGUCAGAGGCCAACUGGAGAGCAGUGAGGAGGAUAGGAGGACCAUGGACACCCAGCUCAGGGAGGCUCAGAACACUCUCACCCAGCUUCAGGGGGAAGUGAAACAGCUCGAGGAUAGGCUGAAAGACGCAGAGAAAGACCUGGUUUCAGAGAAGGACAACUCAACCCCUGCACUUCCUCCUCCACUACCUCCUCCUCCACCACCCCUACCCCCACCUCCCUCCAGUACUGCUGUUGAUCCCUUAGUCGUCCUUCGCAACAAGAGGAAGGAGUCAGCCAACAACAUUGAUAAGAAUAAGCCAGAUCCUACUUUGGACAUGAAGACCCGAGCGGUGGAUGCGAUGAUGGAGAGGAUAAAGAAAGGCAUUGUCCUGAGACCCACUCAGAGACCACAGGUCGGAUCAGAAGAUGACCGUGCCUGGAGGGACCAGAGGAUUGAGAAGAGAAAGUCAGCUGUGCUGGAGCUGAAAGGAAUGCUGGACACCAUAAAGCACCAAGGCCACAGGAGGGCAUGGUCACGGAAUAGGUUCAGCCGAAAUGUGGGGGAGGCAGAGCUACAGAUGGUGCUACAGAGAAGGAGACGGGCCAUGGCGGAUGGACAGGACACCCCCAGCUCCGCCCCCUCCACUGCCAUAACCCCUACCAAAAUACAAGGCCCGCAGCCGGGCGGUCCAGCAGCAGGAGCACUUCCCUGGGCAGGAGAGAGUGGCAGCACCCCUGUACUCCGGAGGCUCCAGCAAAACAGAGAGAAGAGGAACUCCCGUAUCAGAGAAUCAGAACUGAUCAUCUGCCAGGAGAACAUCUGAAAGUUGGAAAAACGGAUGACUAGUUUUGGGAUACUGUACCACAGUGUUUCCCAAACCUCUCAUUGAGUACCCCCAGCCAGUCCACAUAUUUGAUGUAUAUGUGGAACCUUUGCCUGUAAUAAUAAUAGUAACUAAAAUGUGAGUGGCUUGGGUUCAGGCUUGACCUUAAUCUUUGGGUUUUGGGGACCCAAAGGGGUGCACAUUUUUAUUUUUGCCAUAGCAGUACACUCCUGAUUGAAAUAAUCCAAGCUUGAUGAUGAGUUUAUGACUUGAAACUGCUGUGCAGUGCUAGGGAAAACAAUUACAUUUGGAUCACCAAGACCAGGAUCAAGAAACACUGRGUUAAGGGUAGUAAGCCAAUGGCAAAGACCUUUCUGUGGCAGUAAAAAUGUACAAGGAUAUUCUACUUGUGCUGGGUGUGAGAAAUAUUUGAAUGGCAAUAUGCCCUUUUUUUAAUAACCGAUCCAUGAAUUUCUCUCAAUUCACAUUCAAUGUUGCAACGAGAAAAGCAAAGAGUGAGAAGAACAUGGUUCUGCAUUGAUGCUCUUAUCGUGGAAUUCUUGGUGCAUUAUUGUCCUGAUGCUCUGAAAACUUGUCUCUUUUUGUAUARGGGUCACUUCACUCUAAUACCUGCUAUGCUUCAGCUAUGUAAAAAACAACUUAAAAGUGGAAAUAAUACAAUAUUUUAUUCA